GAUCUUGGAAGCACAUGGGUCACACCUCAUCAAGCAUGUAUUGUAUUCGCUGUUAUAACCGGUGUACACACACAUUCGUUGAGCUGACAGUUGGGAUGCUAGCAUACACUAAACAUAUUCAAUGAUUGUUAAUGGACUUACGAGAACGUGCUAAAUAGUCCAAUGUUCAUACGUUUUUUUGCCAUAAAUAUGCUGUAUCCCUGCACAUCUCUUGGGUCGCUGACAUGGAUGUUGCUGACUCUGACACAAACGACAAUUUUGUCGUCUGCUUUGACGAGUGGAAGUGUACCAGUCGAUAUUUCCAGAACGAAGAUAUGGGGCCCUGGGUUAAAUCCCAGACUGGUUCUGCCUGUAAGAUAUUUCUUUAUGCAGGUCGUUGAUGAAAAUGGCUCAAAUGUAACAAAGUCCAUCGGAGACAAGGCGUUUGAGUUGACGAUCAGCGGUAGUAAUGGAGAUCGGGUGCGGGUCUGGGCCCAGGUGUUGGAUGCCUUCGAUGGCACCUAUAUCGGUCGCUUUAGACUCGUCAACUCCUACAAUGGUUUAACCAUUAAUAUCAAAUACAAUGGUCAGCAUGUAGCAGAUUCACCGUAUCAACUUAAAGGUAUGGUAUACCACGAAGACUGCUACUGUCCAGUGGCCAGUUUGGACAAGUGGUUGAAGGUCAUGGGGUGCAGAAAGUCCUAUACUCAGAUAAAGGAAGAUUUUGUCCCCUUUCCUAAAAUCACUCCAGAGAAAGUAGCAAAGCAGGCCAUUUCAAGGUUCAGCCAAGCCGGAAUGCACAGUCUCAGUCACUACAGGAUCAUAGACAAUAAGAUCUACAGGAAGACUUACGGACAACAUGUAGGAUUCAAGAUGUUCAGCGAUGCCAUUAUACGUUCUAUUACAAGGAAGGUGCAUCUACCCGAUAUGGAGUUCUUUGUGAACCUUGGAGAUUGGCCGCUGGAGAAGAAGGCAGUCAGUGACUCGCCCAUCCCUCUUUUGUCCUGGUGUGGAUCCUCAGACUCCCGCGACAUAGUCCUACCCACCUAUGACAUCACUGAGGCCACUUUGGAAAUGAUGUCAAGAGUUACCCUGGAUAUCUUCUCAGUACAGGGAAACACUGGUGUGGCUUGGGAUAACAAAACAAAUCAGGCAUUUUGGAGGGGCCGAGACAGUCGCCAGGAGCGGCUAGACCUUGUCCAAUUAUCUCGUCGUAAACCAAAACUCCUGGAUGCAGCCCUCACACACAUGUUUUUCUUCCCCAAGGAUGACAAUAAAUAUGGCCCUCUUGUCAAAACCAUUCCAUUCUUUGAUUUUUUUAAGUACAAGUUCCAGAUCAACAUCGACGGUACUGUGGCAGCGUACAGACUGCCCUACCUACUCGUUGGGGGCUCCAUGGUGAUGAAGCAUGAAUCCAAUUAUUACGAACACUUUUACCGUGACCUGGUACCCUGGCGGCACUAUGUGCCCUUCCAACUUGACCUUGGUGAUCUUGAAAGACGCAUACAGUGGGCGAAAGAGAAUGANGGGGAGGUGAAGAAUAUAUCGAUGAAUGCAAGAAAAUUUGUGAGGGAAACUAUUUUGCCAAAAGAUAUAUUUUGUUAUCAUGCUAAAGUUUUCCAGGAAUAUGCCAAGAGAUUGACUGACCCCCCACAGGAACCUGACAGUAGCUGGGAUACAGUAGACCAACCUACCGGAGGCUGUGACUGUAAGAGGACUAAACCUGUAAAGAAAUCCAAAGAAGAAUUGUGAUGCCUGGCACCAUGGAUAUCCAGUCAUCUCCAUUACAUAUGCAGCAUCCAUUCUGAUGCUGUGAAUCAUAUAGGUUCUUGCAAAAUCAUAUUUUCACACUUUGCAUCAAAUAUGUAUGUAAGUUUAUCAUUACGUCUGAGCAAAAUGAUUGACAGAAUGUUAAAACGAAUGUGGGUCAAUAGUUAACUAUUUUUUAUUUAUUUAGAAUUGCUCUAUGCAAUUAUCAGUGGGUGUUAGCUAUAGAUAGUGACACAGGUGUAGUGUUUAUUUUGUAUUCGUAAUCCUUAAUUUAGAAAUUGCUUGCCAAUGUUCUAAUUGAAACACUGCAGAUUUGUUUCAGAUGCAGCAUUAGAAAAGUUGGAACUCCAUACUGGAUUGUUUCUGUUUUAGUGGGAACAGUUUCUGUUUAAGUGGGAACAGUUUCUGUUUAAGUGGGAACAGUUUGUUUGUAAUGCAUUAAGGUGGUGACACUGUGUAGUGAUGAAACGCUAUUUUUAUCUUCAGAGGGCCUAUCUUUUCAUUGAUCAAUAAAUCUUAUAUUAAAUAUAGUAUAUCUAUCUCCAGAAUUUGCAGUAUCCAAAAGCCUGCGCUUUUUAAUAACCAGGAAAAGCAUUUUGUGUAAUUCAUAAAAAAAAA